AUGUUCUUGAAGGAGAAAGAGGUUAGCAGAGGUGAAGCAAACAGUGAAAGUUGCAAAGUUUUGGUACCCAGAGUGUGGAGUUCUAAUGUAGUGUGUGGAAGAACUGGCAACAAUGAAGACUUCUUAUUGAUUGUAUUGAAGGACAUUCUCCCACGUCGUAGGGAUUUGACAUUGAUACUCUUGAGUGCUACAUUGAAUGCUGAGCUUUUUUCCAAUUAUUUUCAAGAAGCACCCAUGAUUCAUAUUCAUGGGUUCACUCACCCAGUGAGGGCACAUUUCUUAGAAGAUAUACUGGAGAUAAUUGGUUAUAAAUUAACUUCUUUCAACCAAAUUGAUGAUUGUGGUCAAGAAAAGUUAUGGAAAACACAAAGACACUUUGGGAGUUGUGUUGUUCUUUAUGUUGUAGUGGCUAUAAUGGGAUACAUGAUGUUUGGUGAAUCAAAAGAAUCACAAUAUACCCUAAACCUCCCCACAAAUUUGAUUGCCUCUAAAGUUGCUGUCUGGACUACGGUGGUCAACCCAUUUACCAAAUAUAUGUUAACCAUAUCUCCUGUAGCUAUGAGUCUUGAGGAGUUGAUACCAUCAAACCAUAUGAAGUCUCAUGUGUACUCCAUCCUCAUUAGAACAACAUUAGUUUUCUCUACUUUGCUUGUAGCCCUCUCCAUCCCCUUCUUGUUCCACCUGGGACGAUUGAGGCCUACAAGAAAGCAAUUGAAUCUCAUUUGCUUCCGUUUGAGAAAACUGGAAAGAGCAUGCAAGAGGAAGUGGAUACAUCUGGCUAUGAUGCUGUUGCAGGGAUCCACAUUUGACCACCGAUGGCAACUUGAUUCUAAUUUUAAAAGUGGCCAGAAGGAUCACUCAAGAAGGAGACUGGAUGCACAUCAGUUUGAUUCGAAUGGAAGCAGUGUGGCGUCUCAAUUGAGUAAUAUGUCCAAUCCAAAUAAGAUCAUGAAAUUACUAGUGUGUGAUUGUGAUCGUGGAAGGAAAGCCAAAGCACUUAAGUCAACUCUACAGACCCCUGUUGGGCAGCCAGGGUCAGGAAGUCCAUGGUCGUUAUUUGAAGACCAGGCACUUGUUGUGUUGGUUCAUGACAUGGGUCCAAACUGGGAGCUUAUAAGUGAUGUCAUUAACAGCACUUUGCAAUUCAAGUUAUUCAUUGAUUGGCUGCUUGACCUUAGUACCCUUGAUCCGGUUUUUGAAGGUGCAAACUUUCAGGUUCUAACAGCUCUAGCAACCUCCUUCCAUGCCCUGCAGCCUCUCAAAGUUCCUGCAUUCAGGUUAUUCUCUUAGAAAGGAAAUUUUCAAAGGAGAUUGUCAAAGGAGAAUUUAGUCAUGG